AUGCAACUUCUGCAAAGCAUUGCGCGGGCCGCCGCCUUCCUGGGUCUCGCUCGGAGGCAGUUCGAGGCAGACUCGUCCGUGUUCGAGGACUUGGAAACGGGCUUGACCUUUGCCAGCUACACCAGCGACCGCGGCAUUACCUUCCGUGUCGCCAUCCCCGACCCGGUCCCCGAGAAAAAGGUCUUCGACACAGUCCUGCAAAUCGUGUCGCCUAAUGAUGUCGGCUGGGCUGGCUGGGCCUGGGGCGGCCACAUGACAUACAACCCGCUCGCCGUUGCCUGGGCCAACGAGACCAACAGCGUCGUGCUCUCGUCGAGGAUUGCCUACGGCUACUUCAGCCCGCCCGAGUAUCCGGACUCGACGUACACGAUCCUCGAAACAGGCACGCACCUCAACGCCACACACUGGCAGGUCACGGCCAAGUGCACCGGCUGCUCGAGAUGGGGCGACGACGACAUGGGUUACACCGAGCUCGACCCGCAGUACCACACCACCAUGGCCUUUGCCUAUUCCGACACGCCCGUGGACGCCCCGGGCGACGAGACAACCACAUUCGGCAUUCAUACUAGUUUGGGGCAUCCAAUAUACGACCUGGCUACCGCUAAGAAUUCUGAUUUUGCUGCCAAGGUGGGGAAGCUCUAA